AAGAAAGUAAAACGUGCCCCGACCUCUAUAAACCCUUGUCAAACGCGCGUCUCUAUAAACCCCAACGAAACUAAAAUGGGGAAGAAGCAGAAGAAAGCGGAAGCCGAAACGGACGCAGAGAGAGUUGAAAACGACAAAGCAGAAAAUGAGCUCGAGCUCACUAAUGGCGAUUCUCACAAAAAGAAGAAGAAGAAGAAAAAUAAAGAAAGAAAUGAGAGUGAUAAAGAAGUAAUCAAAGCAAAGGAAAUACCUACAGUCAGCGUAGCCAUUUCUGGUUCCAUCAUCAAUAACGCUCAAUCUCUCGAACUCGCCACUCGAUUGGCCGGUCAAAUUGCUCGUGCCGCGACUAUUUUUCGAAUUGAUGAGGUGGUGGUGUUUGAUAAUAAGAGUAAUUACGAGAAAGAGGAUCGUACUUUAACGACAGACAAUUAUUCGGACGAGAAUGAGAGUGGUGCGGCUUUUUUCGUAAGGAUCUUGCGGUAUUUAGAGACUCCACAGUAUUUAAGAAAAGCUCUUUUUCCAAAGCACUGUAACUUAAGAUUUGUGGGAAUGUUGCCCCCGCUUGAUGCUCCACACCAUCUGCGCAAACAUGAGUGGGCUCCAUUCCGGGAAGGUGUCACCCUAAAUGAAAAGGUUCCAAAUUCUGGGGAAACACUAGUUGACGUGGGCUUAAGUAAGAAUGUUUCCAUAAAUCAAGUGCUUGAACCUGGAAUAAGAGUAACCGUGGCUAUGGGAACCAACCGCAAUUUGGAUUCCGAUUCACCACGCCAGGUUGUCUCAUUAUUGAAGCCGAGGGAGGAAGCGGGAAUGUAUUGGGGGUAUAGAGUGCGAUAUGCUUCAAAUAUCAGCUCAGUAUUUAAGGAUUGUCCAUACAAGGGUGGCUAUGACCAUUUGAUUGGUACCUCAGAGCAUGGUCUCAUUAUUAACUCAUCAGAGCUUUCUUUACCAGCAUUCAGGCAGCAGCUUUGAAAGAUUUUCAGAUAACUCAGAAUGCCUUUGGAUGCAAUCUUUAAGUACUGAUUGGCGCACAUGCACAUGUCCUAUUCAGAAGUUUUUUGAGGUCAAUUAACCUGUGUUUUCCCCCUUUUUUGGAGAAAUAUUUAUACAAUAAGAAAAUAUGAAAUGGCACAGUCUAUACAGGUGCAUAUUGAGGGUUGCAUAAAUAUAAUGUGACUUCCUCUUUGGUUCCAAGAAGUUCUUGGAAUUCUCCCAUUUAAUUGUUUUCAGAGCAACCUCUGCAUUUAUGUUGUGAUAUGGGAUUUUGACUGAAGUAUUCCUCUAUAUUGACCAUAAGGCAAUUAACUUUUUAAUAAAAUAAUAGAAUGUGAAUUCACUUUGAGAGGCUACUGAAUUUUUUAGUUUGGCAAGUGAUAAGCAUGCAGUGCCAUUGGAGGAUUGUAAUCUGCUUUAGGCAUGUUCUUUUUAGUUCUGCCAUAUGUUGGUAUAAAGUAGUAACACCCAUGCAUUUUUAUUUAAUCGUGAUCCAUAGAUAAUUUUAUU